UCGUUGAUUUCGCUGGCCGAACGACUUGUUUAUAAAUGUUUAUAAUUUAAUUUAUUAAUUAAGUUUAAAACUUGCGUUUUUACAUAAUGUUAAUUUUUACUUACUACAAGUUUGUUUGCUUUGUAGUAUCAUUCAUUUUGAUCAACGGUUAGUGAUAGAAAAGCAAUAAGAGUGAUAUUUUCUCACAUAAUUAUGGUUAACUGACGUUAUACAGUGCAUCCUCAAUUAUGGCAGACCCAAGUUACUACCACAGUGAUUAUAUUCGACACCCAGUUCUGUACGAGUUGGGAGUCAAGUAUGGAAUUAAGACGGAAUGUAUUCCAGAAAUAGCUUUGCCGUCUAAGUUGGAAGAACUCAAGGAUGUCAUACGUCGAGAAAUACGUAAAGAACUCAAAAUAAAGGAAGGCGCAGAAAAGUUGCGAGAAGUCGCAACCGACCGGAGAUCACUUGCUGAUGUUGCAAAUCUCGUUAAACAAGCAAAUAUAAAGCUUAAUGAACUCAAAUCUGACUUACAAGAGUUGGAGUCGCAGCUUAUUCUAUCUCGAGGCCAGUCGACUCCUACAUCACCUGAAAACCUGUCCUACGAUGAGGAAAUCAUACUGGCUUCGGAGGCGGCACAACAGCAGCGCCAAUUGGGCGAAGGCACUGCAGACCGUAAAUUGGCGUCGCUGGAAAAACAGCUAAAUAUCGAGUUAAAGGUAAAACAAGGCGCCGAAAAUAUGAUUCAGAGCAUAAGCAGCAGCAACCAAUCGAGGGACAAAAAACUCCUCGCAGAAGCUCAUCAGAUGCUCGCUGAUUCUAAAGAUAAAAUUGAAUAUCUCAAGUUACGAAUUUCUAAACUAAGUAAGCAGCAAAAAGGAGAAAAUGCAGGUGCAAAUGGUGAUGGUAGAAACUCCGAUAUGACAGGUGGAGACCCACUGUUAGAUGAGAGGAUCGCAGAACUCAGAAUGAGACUGAGGAUUGAGGCAGCUGUUGUAGAGGGUUCAAAAAAUGCAAUAAGGUUGUUACAAAGUGAUAAAAAACUUACAGAUAAGAAGGCUCUCCACGAAGCCCAAACCAACUUACUUGAAUCAACACAAAAGCUGGACCUGUUGCGUAGAUCACUUGAUAUGCGCAGGCACGAACUACCAGUGGAGAGUGCUGCAUUUAUAGAACUAGGAAAUGAAUUGAGAAGCACAGGGUCGAGUCCUGGCUACGUAAGCUUGACUGGAGCUAAUGCUUCGAGAAACCAAAUCAUGUCUCCAUGGCCCAUGAUAAGUCCAUGUGUUCAAGUAACGGGAACCUUAGAAGUGAGAUUAAUGGGUUGUCAAGAUUUGCUAGAGGAUGUGCCCGGUCGCACAAGAAGAGAUCCCCUAGCGAGUCCAUCCGACUUAAAGUCUUUUGUGAAAGGGGUUACAAUUCGUAACUCCAUGAAGUAUACAUAUAGCAUUAAAGAAGAUACAAGCAAUGAAAUAAUGGCAGUUAUGAAACUUGACAAUCACACAGUAGCUCAGACCAGUUGGAGGCCAUGCUCCCAACAAGCUUGGGAUCAAAGAUUCACCAUCAAACUAGACAAAUCAAGAGAACUUGAAAUAGGAGUCCAUUGGAAAGAUUGGCGUGGCCUUUGCGCUGUAAAGUUUUUGAGGCUAGAAGAGUUUAUUGAUGAUAUAAGACAUGGAAUGGCUCUAGAGCUGGAACCUCAAGGCUUGUUGUUUGCAGAAAUAAAGUUCUUGAAUCCUAUCAUUUCAAGGAAGCCAAAGCUGCAACGUCAAAAGAAAAUCUUCAAACAACAAGGGAAAAACAUACCAAGAACCUCAUAUGGCGAAAUGCAUAUACCUGCUGUUGUGUUGGGUAGACUGCUCAAACGUUCAUCACCAUCCAUACAAAAUAUACAAAGUGCCCAUAUAAUUUCACAACAAAGCAACUUUGAAGCAGCUCUGGAGAACAAAGAUGUAGAGAACUCCAAUGCAACAUUUGCUGGAAUGGCAGGAGUGAGACCACUAGGUUUGCCUUCUACUCCUACAACACCUCAAGUGCCUAAUAUACCACCACCAAAACCGAUAUUGCCUUUGCAACCGCCUCCAAAUGUUUCAACACUCAGAAUGGAAAAAGAAUUACAGGAGGCUUUUGCUUUCCUAGAAGACUCAUAUACUAGAGAAAACUAUGUACCAAAAGAGCCACACUCUUCUACUUGUAAUACUCCUCUGGUGGAGUAUCCACCGUCACCAUCACCAAAAAUGGUUCUGGAAUUCCCCAGUAAUGAAGACCAGAUUGUCGAGAUUACGAGUAACAUGAGGAUUUCAUCUUCCCGUUCUUCCUCAGUCAUAGAAACGUUAGGGAAGGAGCCAGACUCUAGGAGACUGUCUGGUGAAAUGUCGAUGGACAGCUUCAGAUUGCUGAGCGUUCUAGGCAGAGGACACUUUGGAAAAGUCAUUUUAUCCCAGUAUAAACCGACUAAUGAAUAUUUUGCAAUCAAAGCUUUAAAGAAAGGUGAUAUAAUUGCUAGAGAUGAAGUUGAUUCUUUGUUAUCGGAAAAACGUAUUUUUGAAGUAGCUAAUGCCAUAAGGCAUCCAUUUUUGGUUAACUUGUUUGCUUGUUUCCAAACUGAGCAGCAUGUUUGUUUUGUUAUGGAGUAUGCAGCUGGUGGAGAUUUGAUGAUGCAUAUACAUGCAGAUGUGUUCACUGAACCGAGGGCAGUAUUCUAUGCAGCUUGUGUGGUUUUGGGGCUUCAGUAUUUGCAUGAAAACAACAUAAUUUAUAGAGAUUUAAAGCUCGACAAUUUGCUUCUGGAUACUGAAGGAUAUGUCAAAAUUGCUGACUUUGGUCUGUGUAAAGAAGGAAUGGGAUGGGGGGAUCGUACGGGAACAUUUUGCGGUACCCCCGAGUUCUUAGCACCAGAAGUCCUGACUGAGACUUCUUACACUAGAGCAGUGGACUGGUGGGGACUUGGAGUUUUAAUAUUUGAAAUGUUAGUUGGGGAGUCACCAUUCCCUGGUGAAGAUGAGGGAGAAGUGUUUGAUUCUAUUGUUAAUGACGAAGUUCGCUACCCUAGGACCUUAUCACUAGAAUCAAUUGCCUUAAUGAGACGUCUCUUGAGAAAGAAUCCUGAAAGACGUUUAGGAUCGUCAGAAAGAGAUGCAGAGGAUGUAAAGAAACAAGCUUUCUUCCGCAAUGUUGAGUGGGAACAACUACUGUUACGUAAAGUUAAACCACCAUUUGUGCCAACAAUAAACAAUCUUGAAGAUGUUAGUAAUUUCGAUAGUGAGUUUACUUCGGAAGCAGCAGUAUUGACUCCACCUAAAGAGCCUAGACCUCUUACGAGCACCGACCACAAGCUGUUCUCAGAUUUCACGUAUAUGGCAGACUGGUGCUAGGUGAAAUAUUAUAUUUUCUUCUAAGAGAUUCUUAAUUGUAUUUAAACAAUAAACCCCCAUGGCCUUACAUGUGUGAGUGAAAUAAUCUGUAUUUUGAUAUAAUAAUCAUAGUUUUAAGAUUAUUAAUAUAGAACACUUUGUUAACUUGUAUUUAAUGCAGUUGAAUGCAAUAUUUUAUAAUAAAUUGUGUAAUUUUAACAUAAGUUUUAAAUAGCACUAACUUUAUUUUUUUAAAAUGUCAUGUUACAGAUUUAUAUAUUAUUAUGUAGUUAUGAAAUUGAUUAACUUUAGAAAAAGAAUUAAGUACACGUGUGUCAAAUCAUUGUUUCAGUCAAUUCUUAUUAUGUGAAAUAAAGAUAUAAACAACAUG